CUCCAACCCUUUUUUAUUUUAUUUUUUAUUAUGCCAACAUUAUUCUCCCUUGCCAAGGUGGCUAUUGUUGCCUCUUGUGUAUUUGGUGUAAGCUUUGCGGAACCCGCCUUGUUUAACCAACAAGACGCUCUUGCUGAUUUCGGAAGAGAGACCUGGUCUGACGUCCAACAAGUUUUCCAAACUUCUGCCGACAAACUCCACACAGCAACAGAUAAAUUAAAGGAAGUUUUGUCUCAUGGAGCAGAUACUUUUACCACUGCUUUCCAUCAUCCUGCUUUCCCUGAAUACGCUCUCCGAUACAAGAAACCUUCCCUCUGUGAUCCUGAUGUGAAACAAAUUUCUGGUUACUUGGAUGUUGGAGCUGAUAAGCAUUUCUUCUUUUGGUUCUUUGAAUCUAGACAUAAACCCUCCAAGGAUCCCGUCGUCCUUUGGUUAAACGGUGGACCUGGUUGUUCUUCCUUGACUGGUCUCUUUAUGGAACUUGGUCCUUGUACUGUUAAUAUGGAAGGUACUGAUACCGAAAUCAAUGACUUUUCUUGGAACGAUAAGGCCAACGUCAUCUUUUUGGAUCAACCCUUAAAUGUUGGUUACUCUUACGGUAGUGGUGGUGCUUCUAACACCGAUGCUGCUGCCAAGGAUGUCUAUGCUUUCCUUCAACUCUUCUUUAAGGAAUUCCCUAAAUAUGCCGACCUUGAUUUCCACAUUUCCGGUGAAUCUUAUGCCGGACAUUAUAUCCCUGCUAUUGCUGGUGUUAUUAACCGCAACAACCAAGGCAAAUUCAACUCUGUUGAACUUUACAAGAAGAAGCAUACCUUGGCCGAUGUGAACUUAAAGACUUUAUUGAUUGGUAAUGGUUUAACCGAUCCUUUAAUUCAAUACAAGUACUACUCCAAGAUGGCCUGUGAGAACUCUUACGGACCCGUUUUGGAUGACGCCACCUGUGCACAAAUGGAUGCUAAUUUCCCCGCUUGUGAAAGAUUGAUCCAAAACUGUUAUGAUAGCCAAAACGUCUUCUCUUGUCUUCCUGCUGCCAUGAAAUGUAACAAGGAUCAAAUCUCACCUUAUCAACAAACCGGUAUGAACCCUUAUGAUGUACGUGAAAAGUGUAAGGGAGGUAAUCUCUGUUACGAAAUCUUGGGCAGUGUUCAAAAGUACUUGAAUUUGCCCGAAGUGAAGGAAGAAGUAGGCGCUAAUGUGGAUAAAUAUGAAUCUUGUAACAUGCAAAUCAAUUUCAGAUUCCAAAUGGCUGGUGAUUGGAUGCGUCCUUAUGUCAAUGAAGUACCCGAACUUCUUGAAGAUGGUGUCAAGAUUUUGAUUUAUGCUGGUGAUGCUGAUUAUAUCUGUAACUGGAUGGGUAACAAGGCUUGGACUCUUGAAUUGCCUUGGUCUGGUCAAGAAGAAUUCGCCGCUGCUAACGAUACUGAAUGGUACUCCGAUAUCAAGGGUAAAAACGCUGGUGAACUUCGUAGAACCGAAGACGGAAGAUUUGCUUUCUUGCGUGUCUUUGGUGCUGGUCACAUGGUCCCUUAUGAUCAACCUGAAGCUGGUCUCGAUAUGUUGCAACAAUGGAUUCGUGGUGAACUUUAUUAAAUCAUCUAUAUACAUACAUAUAUAUAUAUUUUUUUGGGAAAUAAACACACUGUAUAAAAACUACGUA